AUGGACCGUCACGGGCAAAUCGUCGACGUUCUUGCCCACUCGGUGGGCGCCUUCUUCAAAGAGAAGCAGCCGUACCGCAUCUUCCACGGAUCGUCCAACAGCACGCGUCCGCGCCCGACCGGCAACGUCGUCGACAUCAGCGUGCUGAACCAGGUCCUCUCCGUCGACGCAGCGCGGCGCACCGCGCUGCUCGAGCCCAAUGUGCCCAUGGACCGGCUCGUCGAGGCAACCCUCGCACACGGGCUGCUGCCGCCCGUCGUCAUGGAGUUUCCUGGCAUCACGGCGGGCGGCGGGUACUCGGGCACGUCGGGCGAGAGCAGCUCGUUCCGCCACGGCUUCUUCAACGACACCAUCAACUACGUCGACAUGAUCCUCGGCAACGGCGAUAUUGUCAGGGCGUCGCCGACGGAGCGCCGCGACCUCUUUUACGGCGCCGCCGGCGCGGCUGGCACCCUCGGCAUCACGACGCUGAUGGAGAUUCGGCUGAUUGAGGCGAAGCCGUUUGUGAAGACGACGUAUCAGCGCACGAGCACCGUCGGGGAGUCGGUGUCGCUGGUGCAGAGCAAAUCUAGGGAGGAAAACUUGGACUACGUGGACGGGAUUGUCUUUUCCAAGGGCCACGGCGUCAUCAUCACUGGCGAGAUGGUCGAUGAGCUGCCCCCUCAUGGAGGUCCGCCGCAGACAUUUAGCAAAGCAAGCGACCCGUGGUAUUACUUGCACGUGCAAGAAAAGACGAAAGAUCUUGCGCCGCAGAGCGUUGCUGUCGAGUACAUUCCUAUUGGCGAGUAUCUGUUCCGCUACGACCGGGCUGGAUUCUGGGUUGGCAGACAGGGCUACACAUACUUCAAGUAUAUUCCCUUUAACGCCUUCUUCCGGUGGCUGCUGGACGACUUUUCGCACACGCGGACGCUGUAUCACGCACUACACGCCAGUGGCGUGUCGAACCAGUUCGUCGUGCAGGAUCUGGCACUGCCCUACGACACGGCGGAGCAGUUCAUCGACUUUGUCGACGCCGAGCUCGGCAUCUGGCCUCUCUGGCUCUGUCCGCUGCGCGGCGCGAGCACACCGACAUUUCACCCCGUCACUGGAAGCCAAGGGGCGCGUACCGAGCACGACGCCGCCGGCCUGUCUCAGCCGAUGCUCAACAUUGGCGUCUGGGGCUGGGGCCCGCUCGACUACGACGACUUUGUGGCCAAGAACCAAGAGCUGGAGGCGAGGCUCGACGCGCUGGGCGGCCGCAAGUGGCUCUACGCGCACACGUACUACUCGGAGCAGGAGUUUUGGCAGGUGUACGACAAGCCGUGGUACCAGGCGCUGCGGACCAAGUACCACGCGUCCACGCUGCCGUCGGUGUACGACAAGGUGCGCAUCGACGUGGAUGAGGAGCGCCGGCAGCGCAGGCAAUGGACGUCGUCGUGGUCGAGGGCCUGGCCGUGGGGAGGCCUGUACGGCAUGUGGCUGGCCGCCACGUCGGGCGACAUCCGCCUCCACCGCCGCGCGCAGUGGAAGUAUGGCGCCGCGCCGGCAUAA